AUGCCCUUGCUGGACGAAGGGUUUGGUCGGCGGUUUGUGCGCGUUUGGUUUCUCCCGCCGUGUUUGCCGGUGCCAUCCGCCUUUGGAAGAGCCACGCUCUGCUCCGUUUUUGGGAACCCAAUCCCCCGAGGUCCUGUCCAGCAGCCCCUGGAGGAUCGGAUCUUCACUCCCACCGUCUCCGCUGUCUACAGCACCGUAACACAAGUAGCAAGACAACCGGGUCCUCCUGCCCCAUCCCCUUACACUGCACAUGAAAUAAAUAAGGGACACCCAAAUCUUGCUGCAACGCCACCGGGACAUGCGUCGUCCCCUGGGCUUUCACAGGCUCCUUACCCCUCAGGACAGAAUGCAGCUCCAACCACGCUGGUGUACCCUCAAGCCCCUCAAACAAUGAACACCCAGCCUCAGACCCGCUCGCCGUUCUUUCAGAGGCCUCAGAUCCAGCCUCCGAGAGCCACCAUCCAGAACAGCAGCCCUUCCAUCCGUCCCGGUGCUCAAACGCCGACCGCGGUCUAUCAAACCAACCAACACAUCAUGAUGGUUAACCACCUGCCGAUGCCCUACCCCAUGCCUCAGGGCCCCCAGUACUGUAUACCGCAGUAUCGUCACAGUGGCCCCCCGUAUGUCGGGCCCCCGCAGCAGUAUCCGGUUCAGCCUCCAGGACCAGGGCCCUUUUAUCCAGGACCAGGUCCUGGAGAAUUCCCCAAUGCCUACGGAACACCUUUCUACCCAAGUCAGCCAGUCUAUCAGUCAGCACCCAUCAUAGUGCCUACACAGCAGCAGCAGCCUCCACCAGCUAAAAGAGAGAAAAAAACGAUCCGAAUCCGGGAUCCAAACCAGGGAGGCAAAGAUAUAACAGAAGAAAUAAUGUCUGGAGGGGGCAGCAGGAACCCAACGCCUCCCAUCGUGAGACCCACUUCCACACCUACACCACCUCAGCUGCCCAGCCAGGUCCCCGAACACAGCCCUGUGGUUUAUGGGACUGUGGAGAGUGCCCAGCUCGCCGCCAGCAGCCCCGUCGCUGCGCCCAGCGCCCCGAAGCAAGAAGAGAAGCCAAAACCAGAUCCAGUAUUAAAACCUCCCUCUCCAGUCCUCAGACCAGAACCGACUGGGGAGAAGAAAGAUCAAGCUGGCCAGACGACCGAGGCCACCUCUGUGGAAACCCCAGCAGAGCUUCCUCUUGCUCCAUCUCCGACCCCAGCUGCCCCCGUCGCAGUUGUUUCUGCUGCUGCUGCUGUUGUCACCGUUCCCAGUAAACCCCCAUUCACAGCUGACUCAGAGGAGAAAUGUGAACUUGCUUCCCCAAAAGAGGAGGCAAUGCCUAUAUCUAAUGCCGCGCCCUGCACGGACACAUCGGACCCUUCGCCAGCGGAAGAGGCUGAUGCCGAGGCGUGCAAGGAGCCUAGUAGUGUAGCAUCUAGUGAUAUUCCAGUGACUGCUAGUACUAAUCUAAUUAAUGAAAUGAACGGAGUUAGUGAAAAAGUGACUGCUGCAGAGAGCGUAGUAGAUGUAGCCCAGCCGGAUGUCGCGCCAUUGACUGUUGAGUUGGAGACCCCAGAAGCACCUCCAGCAGAAGUGGAAAGCGUGCCAUCUUCCAGUGCUCUUCACGCUGCUCCCUCUCCUCCUCCAACCCCACCUCCCACCCCUCCGCCUCCUUCUCCUCCGGUUUCUGUUGCUGCUGCUGCCAUUACCACUACAGCUCCUUCUCCACCUCCUCUUCCAUCUCCUAGUGCCCUCCCUGUUGUCCAGGGAGAUUUAGAAGGAGAGGAGAGCACAAGAACUACUCUUAGCGAAGAGGUAAAAGAUCCUGAAAAGAAGGAAGAGGCAGAAGCAGACGGGCAACUGGAGGAGAGCCCGGAGACUCAGAGUUUAAACUCGAGCAAGAGCCCUGUCCCAG